UCACAUAGGAGAAGAAGGGGCGGAAGAAAUAAAGGCAGCAGUGACAUCGGUAUCGGGGCUCCUACAGUUGCUCUCAUCCUAUCAAGACGCAUUCAGGCAGUUCAGCUAAAUAGGUAUCGUUCCGUACUGCAAUGGUUACACCGUUCGUGUGCUGGUUUGCAGUGGACACGCCGGAGCUGCAAUGAAGGCAGGGGCCUCCUCCAUGUGGGCUUCAUGCUGUGGUUUGCUAAAUGAAGUCAUGGGUACUGGGGCAGUUAGAGGCCAGCAGCCAGGGUUUGGGGCCGGCGCUGGACCCUUCAGAUUUGCCCCCAGUGCAGGAUACUCUACAUACCCGCCCAGCAGCUCAGGGACUCCAAGUGUUGUCUGCAACGCCUGUGAGCAAGCCUUCUCAGCCUUCAGGAGGAAGUAUAUUUGCUGCGAUUGCAAGAGGAACUUCUGCUCACUGUGCACUGUGCUUCAAGAGAAUCUGCGCAUAUGUACCACAUGUCAUUUGCUGAAAGCAACGGCUUUCCAGCGACCUCGCCUCAUGCGUCUACGAGUAAAGGAUCUGCGUCAGUACUUGCAGCUUCGGAACAUCCCCACAGAUACCUGCAGGGAAAAGGAAGACUUGGUGGACUUGGUGCUCUGUCACCAAGGCAUUGAGGAAGAGGAGGACCCUGAAACAGGCAGCCUCCAUUCACGUUCCUUGUAUACACCAACACCCUCUACUACGCAGUCCGCCUCUGAGCUGUCUGCCUUCGUCACCUCUCAGGAGGAACCGCUCAGCAGGAGUGAUAGUUCUGAUAAUAAUCAGGAUAUAGGCGAUGGCACAUCAGAGUCUCUCCUCAAUUUGGACCCAAGUGGACACACUCCUGAGGUUAGCCCUCAGACGCGACGCCGGGCCAGAGCAUCUCUUUCAGACAUAUCCAGCUUGAGAGACAUUGAAAGUCUGUCCGUGAGGCAGCUCAAAGAAAUAUUGGCCAGGAACUUUGUCAACUUUUCAGGAUGCUGUGAAAAGUGGGAAUUAGUGGAACGUGUCAGCAGACUGUACAGAGAGACGGAAGAGAACAGGAAAUCAUUGGAAAAUGUGAGCAGUUCAGUAACCACAGUUGUGGCUUUUCCUGCUCCAAUCUGUAAUGGCGCCAUCGGAGAUGGGGAGAAGGGUCCACUGUCGAUCCACGACGACAACCUCUGCAGAAUCUGUAUGGAUGCUGUGAUUGACUGUGUUCUUCUGGAGUGCGGUCACAUGGUCACCUGCACCAAGUGCGGCAAGAGGAUGAACGAGUGCCCAAUCUGCAGGCAGUAUGUAGUGAGGGCUGUGCACGUCUUCAAGUCCUAACUCCCCGUUGCACGGCUCCAGCACCUCGAACUAAGGCCGAACCUUAUCACAACCACACAGCUCAUAACCUUUGAAUCUCUAAAAGACAUUUUGGAUGUUCCAAGUUUAUAUUCUUAAUAUUCUCACAUUAUUUGCACAUUGAACUAUUAUAAGUGAUGUUUUUUCGUCAUAAAGAUUUUGUUUUCACCAGUGGGCAGAGCAUAUUUUAUGAAUCAAUCCUCAAGUAAAGGUAUCUGGUUUGUGUUUGUUGCCAGCUGUCUGUUUCGGUUUCCUUACAACACAACACUGGCAUUCAGUUUUGCUAAAUGCUAUACACUUUUGGGUUUACCUAUGAAUGGUAGCUGGUACUCAACUUUGCUGAAUAUUCUUCAGAGCAACUCAUUACAUCUGCUGCAUGUGUCUGUAACACUGAAUAUGGACAUACUGGACCUUUCCACAGGAGGGAGAGAGAUUGCGAAUACACCAGGUGCCAAAUGAGUCUUGUGGACAUCAUCUGUUUUCCCCCCUGCAUAGAGUCCACUAGUGUGUAGCUGUUGAUUGUUGAGCAUGUGACACCAGAAAGCAGUACACCACCUAGUGAAAGCUAUGACCAGUAUAAGUGGUUAAGGUAGCAUUGAUCUUCUCUGGUCCAAACUUCACUGACCUUCUGUUUUCUGUUUAGUUUUGUUCAACCUACAAAUGAUCAGAUGCUCUCUCACCACUACUCGAACACCAUGGUGACGGAUGUUGGUGAUUUAUGAUGAAGCUCAUGCCUAUUAUGUUAUUAAAUAACGUACACUAUUGCAUUACACAUGAAAUGACAACACUAAGGCUUUCAUUAGAGCAAUAGCAAAUCUUCACUGUCACCUCUGUCCUGUCUCAGCACUUGUUGAGAUGAGACAAAACCUGGUGCUAACUCUUUAUCCAUGUUUUCCAGCUCAGCUGUGGAUGCAAUGAUCUGAAUGUUUAUUUUGUUGUGAUAUUGUUGGGAGUGGAAUGAAGUGUCUUAAUCCUUUUAAGUGGAUUGUCAUAGUAGGAAAUAUGUAUCUAACUAUUCAAGGAAAUACCAAUGAGUUUACUGACACGUGUUACUGCUAUUUAAAUAUAGACUAAUUACUUGCUAAUGUAUAUUUAAAUAUAUUGAUCAUUGAGAUGUGUAUAAUCUCUAUUUUUUCCAUUUAAAUCACAUAAUUGAAAUGUCAGGUUAUUAUCUCUGUGGUGGUUUCAAUGUGUUCACUGUCCCUCUUGAACCAGGGCACGACAGACAGCUGUACAACACUGGUUAUAGCUGCUGCCACCUCACUGCAUUAUAGCCAAUUUCCCCUUUUCCCCUACUGCUCAAUGAGAGCAUCAAGCUCUGUACUGUACCUACAAAGUUAACAUUGCUGCUAUUAGUGUGAAGACGCCCCCUAGAAUCGUAAACAGUAGCAGAGCAGGUUGCACUUUUGCUUUACAAACGGUGUAUGUGUGUAAGGUUCUGUCCUUUGAGAAUGUAUGUUGAACUUUUUAUUUUGGUAAUUAAAGUUUUUAAUUCAA